CAGCCCAGCCUCCCACAGAUUCCUCCAGGUCAUCAACCAGGGACAAAGAAAUCCCAGAGGAGAGGAGAAGAGCCUGUUGGGGACAAGCUGCUCCUGACAGAAGCAUGCCACAGCUGAGCCUGUCCUGGCUGGGACUGGGGCCCAUGGAAGCCUCUCCCUGGGUCCUCCUGCUGCUGGUGGGGGCCUCCUGGCUCCUGGCCCGCAGCCUGACCUGGAUCUAUGCUUUUUAUGAAAAAUCUCGUCGCCUCCAAUGUUUCCCGCAGCCCCCCAAACGGAAUUGGCUCUUGGGUCACGUGGGCAUGAUCCAACCCACAGAGCAGGGCUUGAAGGAAGUGUCGAAGCUGGUGGGCACCUAUCCUCAGGGCUUUAUGACAUGGCUGGGCCCCAUCAUUCCCAUCGUCACUCUGUGCCACCCCAACAUCGUCCGAUCUGUCCUCAGUGCCUCAGAUCCGGGGUUCAGAAGAAGGUCUGCUGUACACGCAGGGUCUGGCGAGCACCUUUGGGGAUGUGUGCUGCUGGUGGGUGGGGCCCUGGAACCCCGUGGUCCGCAUCUUCCACCCCACCUGCAUCAAGCCGGUGCUCUUUGCUCCAGCUGCGGUUGCACUGAAGGAUGUGAUCUUCUACAGCUUCCUGAAGCCCUGGCUGGGAAGCCCAGUGAAUAUAUUGCUGCCAUCUUGGAGCUCAGUGCCCUUGUGGUCAAAAGAAAUGAGCAACUCCUCAUGCACAUGGACUUCCUGUACCUUCUCAGCCCCAGUGGGCAGCGCUUCCGUAAGGCCUGCCGCCUGGUGCAUGACUUCACAGAUGCUGUCAUCCAGGAGCGGCGCCGCACCCUCCCUGAUCAUGGUAUUAGUGACUUCCUCAAGGCCAAGGCUGAGUCCAAAACUUUGGACUUCAUCGAUGUGCUCCUGCUGACCAAGGAUGAAGAUGGAAAAGAGUUGUCGGAUGAGGAUAUAAGAGCAGAAGCUGACACCUUCAUGUUUGAGGGCCAUGACACCACGGCCAGUGGUCUCUCCUGGGCCCUGUACAACCUGGCAAAGCACCCGGAAUACCAGGAGCGCUGCCGGAAGGAGGUGCAAGACCUGCUGAGGGACCGUGAUCCUAAAGAGAUUGAGUGGGACGACCUGGCCCAGUUGCCCUUCCUGACCAUGUGCAUCAAGGAGAGUCUGCGGUUGCACCCCCCAGUUACAGUUAUCUCCCGCUGCUGCACCCAGGACGUUGUGCUCCCCGACGGCCGGGUCAUCCCCAAAGGAGUCACCUGCCUCAUCAGUAUUUUCGGGACUCAUCACAACCCAGCUGUGUGGCCGAACCCUGAGGUGUAUGACCCCUUCCGCUUUGACCCAGAAAACGCCAAGGACAGGUCACCUCUAGCUUUUAUUCCUUUCUCCGCGGGACCUAGGAACUGCAUCGGACAGACGUUCGCCAUGAGCGAGAUGAAGGUGGUGCUGGCGCUGACGCUGCUGCGCUUCCGCGUCCUGCCCGACGACACCGAGCCGCGCAGGAAGCCCGAGCUGAUCCUGCGCGCCGAGGGCGGGCUCUGGCUGCGCGUGGAGCCGCUGAGCUCCGGCGCGUAGUGACCCACCGAGGCCGGUCCGGGGACCCCUCCAUGCAGAUCCCCCAAGCUACCUGGGCAGAUACCAGCAAUAAAACGGUUUCACCUGCGUUUGAGUCUCACCGAGCGUCAGCAGGGGGCGCUGGGGACGUCGGGCAACCAAAGUGGUGGCCUAGGUGCGGGAGGUGAGGCCCGACCCUCGCUGGCUCUGGCUGGCCUCACAGCCCCUGAGCACAUGGUGGGAGUCUUGGGAGGGUUUGGAGCAGAAGGUGGACCUAGAGUAAGGGCAGGGUUGAGCCUCUGAGUCACAAACGCUCAGAACACUAAAUAUUUACCAUCCUUACCUCUGUUCGCAUCUCCUAAUGUAGCCUGCAUUUUCUCAUCAUGGGAUUUUUUCACUGUUGCUGUGGCUACUAAAUUACUAGGUUUAUUAAAAAUAGCAAACUCA